AUGCGAGUGGAUUUGUUCUGGGUGUGCUUUUGGGGGGUUCUCCGGUCAGGGUACGCCGGGCAGGGACAGCCAUCCUCUGCCGUGUGCUCGCCCGUGUGCAGCUGCGAUGAAGAUGGAGGUGCAGACUGCUCCGGGAGAGGGCUGACCACUGUGCCCACCGGACUGCGAGCCUUUACCUACUAUCUAGACUUGAGCAUGAACAACAUCACUGAGCUGCCCGCCUUCGUAUUCAAGAACCUGCCGUAUCUGGAGGAACUGCGGUUGGCGGGAAACGACUUGUCAUUCAUCCACCCGGAAGCGCUGUCUGGACUCCAACACCUCAAAGUCCUGAUGCUUCAGAACAACCAGCUGAUGACCGUCCCGAGUGCUGCGCUAAAGAACCUCAACUCUCUCCAGUCCUUGCGUCUGGAUGCCAACCACAUCACCAGUGUCCCGGACGUGAGCUUCGAAGGCCUGCAGCAGCUCCGCCACCUCUGGCUGGACGACAACAACCUGAGGGAGGUCCCGGUGGGCUCGCUCACACUCCAGACCAAUCUACAGGCGCUGACUCUGGCGCUCAACCGCAUCUCGUACAUUCCAGACAACGCCUUUGCCAACCUGACCAGUCUCGUUGUGCUACAUCUUCAUAACAACCGCAUUAGGGAAAUAGGGGAGAAGUCUUUUGCUGGUCUGGUGAAUCUGGAGACCCUAGAUCUUAACUUCAAUAACUUGAUGAGUUUUCCCAACGCGAUCCAGUCCCUGCCCAAACUCAAAGAGCUCGGCUUCCACAGUAACGACAUUGCUUCCAUACCUGAGGGGGCCUUCCAUAACAACCCCCUGCUACGAGCCAUACAUUUGUAUGACAACCCUCUGUCCGCUGUCGGGGCCUCAGCUUUUCAAAACCUGUCGGACCUCCAGUCGCUGAUGCUGCGUGGAGCCAGUAAAAUGGAGAACUUUCCCGUCCUCACAAACACAAACAAACUGGAGAGUCUGACGCUCUCAGGUACUAAAAUAUCCUCCCUCCCUGCUGAUCUGUGCGAUGACCUCAAGCAUCUCAGGACUUUGGACUUAUCCUACAACAACAUCAGCGACAUACCUUCUCUUCAGGGAUGUGUCCGACUGCGGGAAAUAAGCUUUCAGCACAACUCCAUUCACCAAAUCCACCGCGGCACUUUCCAAGGCCUCUCGUCUCUGCGCUUGCUAGACCUCAGCAGAAAUGAAAUCCGAGUCAUUCACAAAGAUGCUUUUCUCACACUGUCUGCGCUUACAAAUCUAGAUCUGAGCAUGAACUCCCUGACCCUAAUUCCCACAAGUGGACUGAGCUCACUGAGUCAACUCAAACUGUCCGGAAACCCAGAGAUGAAGAAUGUGCUGCCUGCAAAAACACUGCCCAAGCUCAGGUCCAUCUCUGUGCCUUACGCUUACCAGUGCUGCGCCUUUUGUGACCAGUCUAGUCUAGAGGAAAAGGAAGAAAAAAAACCAGGUGGAGAAGAAGUAGAAAGGAACUCAAUGUUAAUGCACUGCUCCCCUUCACCAGGCGCCUUCAAGCCGUGUGAGCACCUGCUGGGGAACUGGAUGAUUCGUCUGACCGUUUGGUUCAUCUGUGUGGUGGCUCUGGUCUUCAAUAGUCUGGUUCUUGUGGCCACCUUUGGACCGACCCACCGCUCAAUGCGACACCCGUACUCCCCGGGCAUGUCGCCUGCGCGCCUGCUCAUGGGGCUGUUGGCGCUGGCCAACCUCCUGACUGGACUCUACGUGUGCGUGUUGACCGUGCUGGACCUGGCAACUUGGGGCUCUUUCGCAGAGUUUGGGAUGUGGUGGGAGACGGGCCCCGGUUGCCAGGUCACAGGCGUGAUGGCAGUCUUCUCUUCUGAGUGGUCCACGCUGUUGUUGGCGCUGGCCGCUGUGGAGCGCAGUGUGUCGGUGCGAGUGAUCCUGGGGAAGGUCCUGCUGACGCCCCCCCUAAGCAGCUCUCAGGGCGGCUGCUGGAGAGGUGGCCGGCGCUUCAGCGUGGCUGCGGGUGUUCUGGGCUUGCUGGCGGCAGGUGUGGCCUGUCUGCCCCUCUUGAGCUCUGGGGAGCAGGCUUCCCCGCUGUGCCUGCCCUUUGCUGGAGUAGACAGUCCGGCUCUGAGCGUCACCGUGGUGCUGGUGCUGCUCAAUGCUCUGGCGUUCCUCUUCACAGCCACGGUCUACACCCAGCUGUACUGUCACCUGGGCCGAGUGGAGCUGGCCGACCCGGAGCAGUGCGGGGCGCUGCGGCACGUGGCCUGGCUCAUCUUCACAAACUGCAUCUUCUUCUGUCCUGUCGCGGCCUUCUCCUUUGCCCCUCUCCUCACGGGUUCCGUUGGGGGCCGGGAAAUCGCAAAGUCGGUCACAUUGAUUUUCUUCCCGCUGCCUGCUUGUUUGAACCCAGUGCUAUACGUGUUCUUCAGCCCCGCCUUCAGGGAGGACUGGUCACGGCUGCGCGGGCUCAGAGGAUCUCGAGAGGUGAAGUGUGAGGUUGACGAUGGAGGCGGGAGCUCGGAGCUGACGGACAGAGGCUCGUCUUCUUUGGACUCAGAGUGCGGCUUGUACUCAGAGCUGUGUACAGACGUGUGUGAGCGGUGUGAGGCCGUGCUGCGCGCCCGGACCUGCCCCUCCAGCGCCUCUGUGUGCAGACACUUUGUGAAGGCCCACAGCUGUCCCACCCUCUCGGGGGCGGCCGCCUUGUGCCCGCCUGCAGAGGGGUUUUGGGCCGACAGCGGCACACCUCUGGCUCAGUCUGAGUAUGCAGACGAGGGAGACUCUUUUGUGUCGGACAGUUCAGACCAGGUCCAGGCCUGUGGCAGGGCCUGUUUCUGUCAGAGCAGAGGACUGCCGCUGGUACAAUACUCAUACAACAUACCUCGAGUCAAAGACUGA